UGCAACCAUGUAUUAAUCCGUCAUAUCAUUCACAACAAUAGGUUGACGGUAUUGGAGCUGUUUGGUUGACGGAUUUUGGGUAACCAUAGCAACCACGAUUGAUACAUGGCUCUUGGGUGGUCGAGAUACAUAUAUCCAUAUUGAUGCUUUCCAUCUUUUUCUUUUCUUUGACACAGAUCUUGUGCUGAAAUCAACGAUCGUAAGCCACUGUUCCUUGAUAGAGCCAAAGUAAAUUGGACGGAAGAAGUAGCAUCACCAGAGAUGAUCGCUAAGCGGAUAUUCAUGAAGAGCUCCGACGUGUUUAUGGCCACGUUGAUGCUUGCUGAAAUUUUAACACAUGGCAUGGACGAUCAGGAAUUUGAACAGCGCGUGUUACGGAGACAAUACAAUGGAAAUAUUGACCUUCAGUUAGACAUAUUCCUUCCUUGCUACGCACCGUAUCAACCGAUUCUUAGCAACGGUCUCAAAAACAAUCCCAUUGAAAGGCCAACCGCAUCCAGCAUCCUGUUCUAUCUCCACAAUAUGCAACGCCAAUCAUUUGGCGAUCCCGCCACAAACCCUGCCAUGGCGCCACUGUCAUCCGCAAUAUCGCAGCCAUCAGAAACCUGCGCAAGCCGCUCCCCCUCUUUAUCAGACAUCUGCUCCGACGUAACGGAAUGUGACCGGUGGAGCAAAUCUUCUUCUGAUCACGAAAGUAACGAGGAACCAUUGUACAGUAAACUGCCUGAAAGGUUACCUAGUGAACAAACAUCGCCACUUCAUACCUCUUCCGAUGGUUUUGACUCUUCGGAUCACAACGAUGAAGACUAUGAGUCUUGCAUCAGACGAAGCAGGAAAAAAGCCCGAGCCGUAACCCGUUUGGAAAUUGAAAACAACAAUUUAGUCCAUUCCUGAUUUAUUACAUAUCAAUCAGAUCGCCUUGCAUAUUACAUUACACAGCGUGAAUCAUGUCAUGACAAUGCCAUGUCACACCACAUCACAGCACAUCACACCAUAAAAAUGUUUGCUAUCAUUAUUAUCACAACAUGAUG